CUAACCGCCCUGCUGGCGGACGAUAAUAAAUUCGGUUUUAUUGUUAUGGACGGUAAUGGGGCGUUGUUCGGUACCCUGCAGGGUAACACGCGAGAAGUUCUACACAAAUUUACAGUGGAUUUACCGAAAAAGCACGGGCGUGGUGGUCAAUCGGCAUUGCGAUUUGCCCGUCUGCGCAUGGAGAAACGUCACAAUUAUGUGCGCAAAGUUGCUGAAGUUGCCACCCAGUUGUUCAUAACGAAUGAUAAGCCGAAUAUUGCGGGGCUGAUAUUGGCCGGUAGUGCUGAUUUUAAAACUGAACUGAGUCAAUCGGAUAUGUUUGAUCCGAGAUUACAAUCGAAAAUAAUCAAACUGGUCGAUGUGUCGUAUGGCGGUGAGAAUGGUUUCAAUCAGGCAAUUGAACUGGCUGCGGAAUCGUUGCAAAAUGUUAAAUUUAUUCAAGAGAAAAAAUUAAUUGGUCGUUACUUUGAUGAAAUAUCUCAGGAUACGGGCAAAUAUUGUUUUGGUGUUGAGGAUACAUUGCGUGCAUUAGAAUUGGGCUCGGUGGAGACCCUGAUUUGUUGGGAAAAUUUAGAUAUUCAAAGAUAUGUCCUUAAGAAUCAUGCAAAUUCAACGGCAACCACGGUAUUGCAUUUGACGCCGGAACAGGAAAAAGAUAAAUCGCAUUUUACAGACAAAGAGACUGGCGUUGAAAUGGAACUGAUAGAAUCCCAGCCCCUGUUGGAAUGGCUGGCGAACAAUUACAAAAUGUUCGGGGCCACAUUGGAAAUAAUCACGGACAAAUCCCAGGAGGGUAGUCAAUUUGUGCGUGGUUUUGGCGGUAUUGGAGGAAUAUUACGAUAUAAAGUUGAUUUUCAAUCAUUACAAGCCGAUGAACCCCUGGAAGAUGUUGAUCUGGACGAUUAUUAAAUCUGUUAAUACCAUAUUUAUUAUGAAAAGGAAUAAGAAGAAGAU